GCAAACGGUUAAUUACACGAGCAGAGUACUUGAACUGCGCAUGAUCUAUCCAUUCGUAUAUAAAAUAUAAUAGCCAAUUUUUUUCUUCUCAAUUUGUGGUUAAAAGUGAAGUCGUAUCGGUAGUGAUUACUCGAAAGCUUCGGUUUUUGAAAAUUUCUGUGCUUGUAUUUUUACAUUCGAAGGUUGGCCUAUUAGAACGUUGUGAAUGUAAUUUAAUCACCGAAGCAGCCUUAUAGUUUUAUUAAAAUGAGCCAGACAACGCCAGGUGAGCCGCAGCCGGAGCCACCCUUCCACAGCAUAGCGGAUUAUGGGCAUCAUGAUCGAUGCGUUUAUGCAGCUGAUGACGCUUUACUUCGGACAAAAUCUGCUCUUGAAAACUCGUACUGUGAUUGGGAGGAGUUCCGUAGGUUACUGCCAUAUAUGCAGGGAUAUGCAACUACUCCAGAAUUGGCUCAAAUGAAUAUAGAAAUGUUACAAGUGAUAUCCAAUUUGAUCCAACACUUGUCGAACGUCACCGAAGAAUUAACGCGUACUGUUAGCUUAUGCGCCGAUGUUAUUGAUACCCUUAUCAUUGAACUGAACAAAGAUCUUAGCAUAUGGAAGAGAAGCCAGCAGUUGGCCGGUAAUGGAUACAGACAAUUUAGCGUUAAACAUUUGGACAUCAUACAAUUAAGAUGUGAUAGCGCAGGCAGGAUAGUUGGUAUGACUUCGAGAUAUAUUAAAGAAACGGAAAGUAUCAUUGUUCAUUUGACCAAGCACUAUGGACAAGAGCCAUUAUUCAAUGUUAUCAACGUUUUACGUGAAUUGUCUGCACACUUUAAAGCGAAAUUAUCUUUAUUAUUUGGAACCACGUUUCUCAUCGAGGAGCAACCUCCUCAGAUAAUGAAGACGAAUACUAGGUUCUCACCCCAAUUGAAAGUACGUUGGUUGAUUGGAAAUAAGAUACAUGAGUAUUUCAAGAUGUCAGAGCCAAAAGUGUCGGUAAUCAUUAUAAACGAAAAUCAAGCUAAUAAUUUCGUAAGGACGAAUAAAAUACCAUCACCAAAUCUUUACAUCGGUGAAAUAUCUGGCGAAUUUGGAACAUUGAGCUGUGAUUUGAAAACAAAUCAGUGUUCGUUGAUAUUCAAAAACAUGCUAUUGAAAAAGAUUAAACGAGCUGAGAAAAAAGGCUGCGAAUCAGUAGUCGAUGAAAAAUUCGCUCUAUUGGUUUUUCUGCGCUGCAAAGUCGACGACAGCAUAGAUGUAUUCGCGAGCGCGAUGUCGUUACCGGUCACUGUUAUUGUGCAUGGAAAUCAAGAAGCUCAUGCUUGCGCCACGAUUACGUGGGAUAAUGGAACGGCCGAUCUGAACCGGCAAAAAUUUUUUGAUGUACCGGAUGAAGUACCUUGGCCACUGGUGGCAUCCUUUUUAAACAUGAAGAUGUACUCGGCUGUCGGUAGAGAAUUAACUGAACAAAAUAUCAGUUAUUUAGCGGAAAAAUUGUUUGGGUGGAAACAAGAUUACCGUUCGUCGACUCUAACGUGGAAUAGAUUCGCUAAAGAAGUGUUGCCCGGACGUAGUUUCACGUUCUGGGAUUGGUUUUACUCCAAAAUGAAAUUAACAAAAGACCAUUUGAAAGAGUUAUGGAAGGAAGAUAAAAUAGUAGGAUUUAUAGGGAAACAACACGCCGAAGAACUGCUGCAAAGAUGCUGCGUUGGCACGUUUAUGUUGCGAUUUUCAGAUUCCGAAUUAGGAGGUAUUUCGAUAUCCUGUGUUACAACAGCUGAAAACGGGUUCGCAAAAGUCAAAUCGGUGCUUCCUUAUACCAACAAAGAUUUAGUCAUGAAAUCUUUACCGAAUAGGUUAAACGAUCUCGAUAAUUUAUCCUACUUGUAUCCUGAUAUACCGAAACAUAACGCUUUCAGCGAUCACUAUACUAAAGAUCCACGUCGUACAUCGUCAAAUGGAUAUUACGGAACCGUACUGCACGAUAAGAUUGUUGAAGCAGGUAGUACUAAUACAAACGCAUUGAACCCUCCUAUGCCCAACUUUGGAGGAAGUUCUCCUUAUGGAGGUUCAAAUGCAUCGUAUUCUGGUUCUCAGCCAAGCUCUCCCAGUGAAACAGUAUCAGCGCCAGUAAGCAAUCGAAAUAGCUACAAUAGUAUAACGUCAACUUCAACCCAAGAAGACCAACUCGCAGAUCUCAUGGAUGUGCAGCCGAAUUAUACGAUCAAUGUCAGUCCACAGCAGUUAGAAACAUUGAUACAAGAGAGUAUGAAUAUCGCAGAUGGAAUAUAAUACGAUGAAGAAGUGGUUCAAAUUAUUCUUAUCUCAAUUUUCCUCCAUUUCAUUUAAAUUAUUUUACUGUCGAAGAAACAGUGCUCUCAAAUAAUAUGUACAUUCCCGUCAAUUUACUUAAUGGAUAAUAUAAGUUUCCUGAUAUGUAAUAGAUAUUGUUAUUUUUUAAUAUUUGUACGCUGACGAUUAUUUGGAUUAUUUUAUUACUAAGUUUUCUGAUUCCUUCUAUUCAACGUUUUUGUACCUACAUAAAGUGUUUUUAAAAUUUUAAA